AUGGCAACGCCCAUCUCCUCUGCUCCGCCUCCCUUCAUCCCAGUCCAGCUGGAUCCCCUGAAGGAUUCCGGCAAAGACACCAAGGGCACCUCAGAUUUCCCGGAGAAAACCUCCGAGGCGGGACAAACGGAGAAGAAGACGGAAGAAAUCGCUGCCAAGAAAUCCAAAGCCCGCCAGCGGGAUUCGGAAUCCAAAGGGAAAUGGUGGCCCUGCACCACCACAGAGACUGAGCUGAAGAACUUGGAGGGGGAAGGCUUCCUGCAACCCGGAAGCUGGAGGACGGUGCCGAACGCCUUAGCUCCAGCCCCCCAAGACAACGAGAUGGUGCUGACGAAAGCACUAGUGGAGCGGGGCUUCUCAUUUCCGCCUUCGGACUUCUUCCUAGAAAUCCUGAAGGCUUAUGGGCUCCAGCCCCAUAACAUCUCCCCGAACAGCGUGCUUGCGAUCAGCAAUCACGCUUCGUCUGCCUCCAAGCCGGAUCCCAAAGAUGUCAUCAAUCUUGAUGACCUUCCGGAAGAUCCCGCUGACCAUGGCGAUUCCGCCAAGGGUGCCUCCUCGUCUGCUCCUCCGCACGAUCAACCAGGCGCCACUUUCGCGGAUCCCACAGAAGAAGAAUAUGAGCAAAAGGUAAAGCUCAUUCAAGCCACCAACACGAUUCGGGUCGACCCUCGCCCGACUCAAUCUCUGCAAAAGCUUACCCUCGCACAGCGCCACGCGGAAGUUUCCGCCAUGCUGAACAAAGUAUGGGGGAAGCCAGACGAGGAGAUACGAGAGAUCGUCGACCUGGAGGAUGAAGAAACUGCCAAGCACUCCACACUCGAUGAGCUAUCCGCCAAGGUCAAGGUGCUUGAAGCGGAGAACGAGUCCCUCAAGACCUUCAUCAAGGAGUCCUCCGACAAGGAGAAUGAGGCGAGGAAGGGGCUCUCCGAGAAGCAUGCCCGCGACCUGGCGGAGCUGAAUGAUAAACUCAAGAAAAACCAGAGUCGUGUGUCUUCCUUGGUGUCCAAAAACAAAGUUCUGGAAAUGGAGGCGGAGGCCAUCGACAAACUUAUCUUUCUUUUCCUUCAUCCGCUGCGGAGCUUCACCGUGUGGGCGGCACUCGUGGCGGACACGGCGACCGGCGGGGCCGGGGGAGGGGACAUCGGCGCGUUCCCCGUCGACCUCGCCGAGCGGCGCGCGAGCGUCCCGGCGAUCGUGAGGAGUCGACGGCUUGCUUCCGGCCCCGACCCGCUCCUCGCUAGGUCAACAAUGCCGCUCGCCGCCACUCAAGAGGGAAAGGCGUCGGGGUCCGGAGCCCCUACGCCCCGACGCGGUCGCAGCUCCACCGCCGCCGCCGCCGCUCAAGAGGGAGUGGCGUCGGGGUCCAGAGCCUCUGCGCCCCGCCGUGGCCGCAGCUCCACCGGCGCCGCCAUGCCCACGACGACGACUCGGUCCAUGGCGCUUGUGCGUACGCGGCCCCAGUCCUCGGGCUCCCAAUCGGCACAAAGAAGGAAGAGGAAGCGGAGGGCGGCUGGGAACCAGAGAUCGAACAAGCGCAAGAGGACCAGGGAGGAGGAGAAGGAUGAGGAAAGGGAGGAGGAGAAGGACGAUGAAAGGGGGGAGAAGAGGGAGGAGGAGGAGAAGGAGGAGGAAAGGGAGGAGGAGGAGGUCUCAUCUGCAGGAAGCUCCCCACUUCGUGAGCUCCACGUACCGGAUGAGAUCUAUGAUCAUGGUGAUUCGGGUAUAUGGAAAGCAAUUGAUGAAGCGCAACAUUAUAUCAAUGCAAAACUAGCUCGCCGCACGGCAUGGUCCACACUCAAUACGCGCAUGAUUAGAAGUACCAAGUGCGUGCUUGAUGAUCCAAAGCUUGUUCUUGACCGUGAAUCAGCAAGAAAGGCGGUGCUUUUUGCUGCCCCAUCUUUUGUUGGACUUACAUCCUCUGUUGGUGGUAAGACGCUAGCACGAUGCUGUGGUUUCUGGGUUCAUUGGGAUGAGGAGAGUAAGAUUGGCACAGUUUUGACUACAUCACGUCUAAUUUGCACCAAGUCCCCAUCCAGGAGCGCCUGGUUAGGACAAGAAGAGUAUGAUAUUGAUGCUGAGGUUCUUGUGCACCUGCGGGGUAACACCACUGAAAAGGCACACCUGCAGUAUCUUCAGAAGCACUAUGAUUUGGCUUUCUUCAGUGUUAAAGUAGAUCAACCUGUCCGUAGACUCCCUUUCAAUGAAGGUGUGAAACAUGGUGACCAAGUUUUGGAGCUUGGAAGAGAUGAAAGUUCGUUUCUGAGGAUAAGCCAUGGUGUGGUAAUAUACUCGAGAGAAAACUUGCUUGAAAGAUAUCACUAUAUGCAUGUUGAUGGUGCAGAUCCACGUGCUAAGCAUGGCAAGGGAGGGCCACUCAUUGACUUUGAUGGAAAAAUUGUGGGAAUGCUCAAUGGCAACACCAGAGGGUCUUUUAUACCGUCUUCCAUUUUAGUCAAGUGCUUGCAGCUAUGGAGGAAAUUUCAGUGCAUCCCUCGGCCUCACCUUGGAUUGAAAUUUUGGUCAAUCAAGUUUGUAGACAUUGCCCUUGCUGAGAAUAUAUUGUACAUGUCCAAUAUUGAUGAUGGCCUUAUUGUUGAAGAGGUGUCACAAGGCUCGCAUGCAGAAAAACUUGGGAUACGAGAUGGUGAUGUUAUCAGGUGUGUUAACGGACAACACAUCUCUACUACAGUUGAGUUAGAGAAUAUGUUGCUGGGCAAAUGUGAGGAUGAGAGUGGUAACCUUAUUUCUGAACUGGAUGUCGAGCUUUCGAUAUUUCACAUACGCAAGUCUCUAUGGAGAAACAGGACAUUACAUGUAAAUGUGUCGGAUGAUGGUGAGGUUGUUGACAAAGGAGUUCGUUGUCCUUUUGGAAAAGGGACCUCAGUUUCCUUGGUGUCACCAGGUGAGCCCAGUGAAACAACUGAUCAGUACUGUGCCACUUGACCGAGGGAGACACCAUGGUCGAUACCGAAUCGCCUGGUCACAGCUAAUGGUGGCUUUAUGGAGUUGAGGGAGACAUGGCUUUGAUGAACGGAAAGUGUGAAACCUCCAAGUUUCUGCUAAAUUCCUAAUCCCUUGUGCUUGAAUAUGAACUGUCACAUUUCUGUAUGUUGGUUGAGUUCUAACACUUGAUGUAUGUCUUGUUUGAUGGACUGAUA